AUGGCCGGUACGCGGAUCUCAGAGCGCUUACCGCCGCUCAUUGACGCGUCUCGCGCUCCGGUGGCGUUCGGAAAGCGCGCGCUCCCGAGGCUGAUCACGCAGUUGCAGGCAGAGGAGCUAGACAUCCGCCAGGGGGCGCUGUGUUCCCUCUGUGACCUGCUACACGACCCGGAGAGGGCAUACGAGGCCCUGCAUCACGGUACUGACGUCACUGCGGGUUGUUUAGAGAGACUGAAGGUGUUGCUGAAGGAUGAUGACAUCAUGGUGAGGACAAAAACCACAGAAGUGCUUCAUCAACUGGUCACACACAGCGUGGGGAGAGAGACCGUUCUGCAGUGUGACGCCCUCAGUCCUCUGUCAGAGCUGUUAGACGAGCCGGAGGAAGGCUGCCGUGAGAAUGUGCACCGUGUGUUAAAGAUGAUGUCGGAGUUUCCUGCAGCCGUGGUGUGUAUGGUGUCUCUGGGUCUGGUGCCCAGGCUGGUGAUGAAGGUUGCGGUGGAGCACGAGAACAUCAGAGAGCUCGUCCUGUCCACUCUGAGCUGCUGUAUGAGACAUGAUGCUCUCCCUGCGCUGGCCAGUGACGCCGUGACCGUCCUGAAGGAGCAGCUACGCCACCCGUCUACACACAUCCGCCGUGCCGCCUCCUCUGCCAUGAUGGCCGUCUGUGUCCCUGCAGAGGGGAAGUUGAGGGUGUGUGAGCAGGAAGUAGUUCCUGUGUUGGUGAAGCUGCUCUCUGAUGAUGACACGGAGGUCCAGGCCAAUGCUGCUGGAGCACUAAUGUACACCACCGUCAUCACCCAAGGUAAAUAUCAGGCUCUGGACGCCGGUGCUCUUCCUCCUCUGCUCGGUUUGGUGGACAGUGAGGAUGUAGCGUUGUGUGCUAACGCUCUCCGUGCGCUCACCUGUCUGGCACAGGCCCCGAGCGGCCGAGCACAACUCAUCCACAACCUGCCUCAGCUGGAGGCACGACUCAGUCACCCCACCUCCAUCGUCCAAAGAGCUGCGGCCACUGCCAUCCAGGUCAUCUCCUGGACACCAUAAGAGUAAGAGGAUGGAGAGAAUUUAAUGACGCGGAUGAAAAGUAUUUAACUGUUUAAUAUAAUCGAUUAAAAGCAAGAUGUUUUUGUG